AUGGGUCUUCCUAUAAAGUCUAUAUUUAUUCUUUUGUUCCUGAUUUUGUCCUCAAAACUUGCUGAAUCUGCUUCUGAUUACACCACCUUGGUCUACAAGGGCUGCUCAAAGGAACCUCUCAUAGAUCCAAACGGGGUAUACUCACAGGCUCUUUCAGCACUGUUUGGCUCAUUGGUCUCACAAUCCACCAAAGUCAGAUUCUUUAAGGCCACCACCGGGAGUGGCCAAACCUCCAUGACCGGGAUCUUCCAAUGCAGAGGGGACCUCUCCAACUCUGAUUGCUACAACUGUGUGAGCAGGCUCCCAGUCCUGUCUGACAAAUUGUGCGGCAAAACGAUAGCUGCUAGAGUCCAGCUCCUAGGUUGCUACAUGCUUUACGAAGUUGCUGGGUUUUCACAAAUAUCGGGGAUGCAAAUUCUUUACAAGACUUGUGGGGCAACCAAUGCUGCUGGAAGAGGGUUUGAGGAGAGGAGAGACACUGCUUUCUCUGUGAUGGAAAAUGGGGUUGUGAGUGGCCAUGGCUUCUAUGCAACCAGCUACCAGUCUUUGUAUGUGAUGGGACAGUGUGAAGGAGAUGUUGGUGAUUCUGAUUGCGGGGAGUGCAUCAAAAGUGCUGUCCAGAGGUCUGAGGUAGAAUGUGGCAGCUCCAUUUCAGGCCAGGUUUAUUUGCACAAGUGCUUCAUUAGUUACAGUUAUUAUCCAAAUGGGGUUCCUGGAAGGCACUCUUCAUCUGCAGCUUCAUCAUCCUCUAAUUCCUUCUCCUCAUCUUCUUCUGGACAAAAUACAGGGAAGACAGUGGCUAUAAUAUUAGGAGGGGCAGCUGGGGUGGCGUUUUUGGUUAUAUGCUUGUUGUUUGCUAGAAGUUUGAAGAAGAAACAUGAUGGUAGGUGUUAUGCAUGGCCAUAUGGAAUGGAUGGUUUUUAA